UCACGGAUUCGCUCCAUGUGGGCCAGUGGCACAAAUCCAAAAGCGGGCGGUACGGCUGGCCACAGUCUAUCUACCGUGGGAAGGGUUGGUAAGCUUGGAGCGGCCAGCAGCGAGCUUUUGUUGACCCCGGUUGCUUCAAAAGCCCCAGGGCGCGCCUACUGCGUCUUCGUGCCGACCCAAUAUCCUCCUCGUCGAUCCGCCGCGCAAUCCAUCGCGCACCACCGGCAGCAGCACAGAUCUCGCAGCGGCGCCUCCAGAUCUGCUCGCAUUCCAAUCGAGAUGGAUUCCUUCUUGUACACCUCGGAGUCCGUGAAUGAGGGUCACCCGGACAAGCUCUGCGACCAGGUCUCGGACGCCAUCCUGGAUGCGUGCCUGGAACAGGACCCGGACAGCAAGGUGGCCUGCGAGACGUGCACCAAGACCAACAUGGUGAUGAUCUUCGGCGAGAUCACGACCAAGGCCAACGUCGACUACGAGAAGAUCGUCCGCGACACCUGCCGCGGGAUUGGAUUCACCUCGGACGACGUCGGCCUGGACGCGGACAAGUGCAAGGUGCUCGUCAACAUCGAGCAGCAGAGCCCCGACAUCGCGCAGGGCGUCCACGGCCACCUCACCAAGAAGCCCGAGGAGAUCGGAGCCGGCGACCAGGGACACAUGUUUGGCUACGCCACGGACGAGACCGAGGAGCUCAUGCCGCUCAGCCACGUCCUGGCCACCAAGCUCGGCGCCAAGCUCACCGAGGUCCGCAAGAACGGAACUUGCAAGUGGCUCCGCCCGGAUGGCAAGACCCAGGUGACCGUCGAGUACCGCAACGAAGGUGGAGCUAUGGUUCCAAUCCGCGUCCACACCGUCCUCAUCUCCACCCAGCACGACGAGACCGUCACCAACGAUCAGAUCGCCGCGGACCUGCGAGAGUACGUUAUCAAGCCGGUGAUCCCCGAGCAGUACCUGGAUGAGAAGACCAUCUUCCAUCUCAACCCGUCCGGGAGGUUCGUCAUCGGCGGCCCUCACGGCGACGCUGGCCUGACCGGCAGGAAGAUCAUCAUUGACACCUACGGCGGAUGGGGAGCUCACGGAGGUGGUGCCUUCUCCGGAAAGGAUCCCACCAAGGUGGAUCGCAGCGGUGCCUACAUUGUGCGGCAGGCGGCCAAGAGCGUGGUGGCGGCGGGGCUCGCUCGCCGCUGCAUCGUUCAGGUGUCUUACGCCAUUGGAGUUCCGGAGCCGCUGUCGGUGUUCGUCGACUCGUAUGGCACUGGCAAGGUUCCAGACCGUGAGAUCCUCAAGCUCAUCAAGGAGAACUUUGACUUCCGGCCGGGAAUGAUCGCGAUUCAUCUGGAUUUGAAGCGUGGUGGGAACAAGCGGUACCAGAAGACGGCGGCCUACGGUCACUUUGGUCGGGACGACCCAGACUUCAGCUGGGAGACGACAAAGCCACUCAAGUACGACAAGGUUGAUGCUUGAGACCUGGCCAACAAAGAACAAAGUACGUGAGAAUGAAGCACAGGAACGACGACGAAAAGAAAGGAAAAAAGAACAAAAAAAAAAAAAAAAACUGGAAAAGAUUGGUUUGAUCAUGCGUAUUUUGCUAGCUAGCUCCUAACAAGCAUUGAUGUACCUCCCAGCCCCUCCGCUGUGUCCCAUUUGUUAUACUGCUUUUGCUCGAUAAUAAGAAAAAGACAACUCUUCUUCUA